AUGAAUCACGAUUUCGGGCGUGUUCCGUUGACGGAUGCACCCCGUAGCACCUUUGAUAGGUCUCACGGCUACAAAACUUGCUUCAAUUCGGGUAAGUUGAUUCCGAUUGAGGUACAGGAAGUUUUGCCAGGAGACGAAGUGAAAAUGGAUGCCAACAUUUUCGCCCGAUUGUCGCAAACUGUCACCCCAGUGAUGGACAAUGUGUUUUUGGACAUUCAUUGUGGUGAGUAUGGAUUUGACAUUGGCUCGUUGGCUGAUUAUUUCGGUAUUCCGACGGGCGUUGCAAAUCUUGAUGUCAAUGUUUUGCCGUUUCGCGCAUAUGCCAAGAUUUGGGAUGAUUGGUAUCGUGACACGAAUUUGCAGGACAGCAUCAUCAAUGUGGAACAGGAUUUGGGCGAUUCCAAUCCUAACUCCAUUGAUUGGAAUAAAUUGCUCCCUCGUGGCAAGAAGAAAGACUAUUUUACCUCUUGCUUACCUUCUCCUCAACGGGGAGAUGCCGUCACUGUGCCGCUCGGUUCUACCGCUCCUGUUUACGGCAUUAAUGGUGUUCCGUUGCAGUUGGUUAGUUAUGACACUACUGAUCCUUCUUAUUCCGAUAAGGUUUUUCCUGUCAAAGCCACCGGUGGCGGCGAAUCGUCCACGCUUUCCGCCACCAACAAUCCCGAAUAUGGCGGCACUGGCGACGCCUUGAAUGGUCAAUAUUUGCGCAUUGCGUCAAAGGGUGAGUUGGUUUCUUAUCCCGCCCAGUUGGAAGCCGAUUUGUCCGCGGCGGCUAAUGUCAGCGUGAAUUCGUUGCGUACUGCGUUCCAGUUGCAACGGCUUCUUGAGACUGACGCUCGUGCGGGCAAUAGGUUGCAACGCAGUGAGUACCUUGGUGGCGAAUCCAAAAUUAUCGGUAUGUCGGUAGUUAGUCAGACCUCGGCAACUGGUGAUUCAACUACUCCCCAAGGCAAUAUGGUUGCCAAUGGCACUAAUGGGUACAACCCGUUGCUUGCUUUAUCGUCUUCCGCUCCGCACUUCCAAGGCAGUGCUACUGCCCCUAGUUUCUUCUUCGCCGUCCGUCAGAGCGGCGGUGCGGCUAGUGCUGGUAGUUUUGGUAGUGCCGUUGGUGCGAUUUCUUCCGCAGUUGGCGGUUUAGGCAAUUUGGUCAAGUUAGGUUCGGAAUUGGGUCUAAAUUCCGCUCUUUCAUCCAAGGCACUUGCCGAUACUCGCUUGUCUGAAAGUUCCGCCGCCCUUAACGCCGCAAAGACUGCCGAAAUCAAUCAGUCUUUGCCGUAUCGGUUGCGCAAUUUGCAGUAUAGAGGUGAACUUGGCGAAACUGUGAAUACUGUCCGAAAUGCCUAUGAGGAAGCCGCAACCGCUGUUCGUGGUUUUGGUGGUCGUGUUGCUGAUAGCGUAAAUUCCGUUGGUGCUUCGUCCGCAAAGGCGUUGAAGCAAGUCAGCGAUAAAGUGAGAAAAACUCUUGAUGAAGGUAAGGGCUUCUUCCGAAAUCUCGGCAGUAGGUACUUACGGAAUAUGGAUUUAAUGAGGAUGCCCCUUCGUUAA